AAUGACGAGUUUUGGUUGCUCAAAUGGAGCUGCCAAUCUGCCUGCCCACCUACCCAAUCGUUUAGUUUAAGGAAGACAAUUACUGUGGUGAUUCAGACAGUGAUAGAACAACAACAUUGUAAUAUCCUUGAAGGUAAAGUAGCUAUGGAUGGAGUAAAUGUAUAGUUUACAAUCAUUCCGAAGAGACCAUCUAUCAGCUCUUCUAGGGUUAGAUUCCACUGGUCCAGUCAUGUUUUUGGAAAUUCUUGUGUCGCCUUCGGGAACAUCGCUAUAUCUAAGCGAAGAAUCUGAUCAGAAGAGGAGCCAUGACUGAUCCAGGAGAACAAGGAUGAAGUCUGCAAGGAAUCCUUCACUUUCACGGAUUGAGGCAAGGAGGGCAGGCAACGUGCUCAUCGUUGCCAUCGUGAUCAUGCCUCUCUGCAUCCUCUCCCUCAUCAAGGCUCGAUACUGCGCAGCUCCGUUUGCAAAGCCACAGGCUUUGGCAGGAGCAGAAACGAUUUCGAAGAGUGAGGAGGCUGCGAUAACAGAGGAUGAAGAUGAAGAAGAGACCACUGCAAUAGCUCGAGAAAUUGUUGCAGAGAAAGCUGCGAUCGUCUCGCAGGAGCCAAUUUGCUCAAGAACAAGCAAUAGAUCCGUUGUUUGCGAAGCGGAAGGAGAUGUGAGAUUGCAAGGAAGGUUGCAGACCGUCUUCCUGCCCCCUUCCUUGACGGAGAGAGAAUGGAAAAGCAAGCCUUACUGCAGAAAACAGAAUAACUCUGCGACCAUGAAGCACAUCAAGGAGUGGACUUUGAAGCCGUUCCCCGGCGGUGGACCGCCGCCGGAAUGCACGGUCAACCACAGCGUCCCGGCGCUGGUGUUCUCGCUCGGCGGGUUCACCGGAAACCACUUCCACGACUUCACCGACGUGCUCGUCCCCCUUUUCAUCUCCGCCUACCGAUUCCGCGGUGAGGUUCAGUUCGUGGUCGCCGACAACCAGGACUGGUGGGUGACCAAGUUCGCCCUGAUUUUUAGGCAGCUCUCCGAUUACGAGAUCAUCGACGCGGACAUCGAAGAGGAAGGAGCGGUUCAUUGCUUCCCGCGGGUGAUCUUGGGGCUGAGCUACCACACGGUGUUCGGCAUUGACCCGGCGAGGACGCCGACGGGGUACUCGAUGGUGGAUUUCAAGGCGAUGCUGAGGAAGGCGUACGGCCUGGAGCGGUCGGCGGCGGCGGCGGCGGCGGCGGACGACCGGCGGAAGCCGCGGCUGCUGAUCAUCGCGCGGAACAAAACUAGGGUUUUCCUGAACAUGCAGGGGAUGAGGGAUAUGGCGGCGCGGCUAGGGUUCGACGUGCGGGUGGCGGAGCCGCACAAGGGCACCAACGUGAGCGACUUCGCGCGGCUGGUGAACUCCGCCGACGUGAUGAUGGGCGUCCACGGCGCCGGACUCGCCAACAUGGUGUUCCUCCCCGACGGCGCCGUGAUGAUCCAGGUAGUGCCGUUCGGGGGGCUGGACUGGCUCGCGAGGGAGACUUUCGGGGACCCGGCGCCGGCGAUGAGGAUCGAGUACUUGGAGUACUACAUCGAAGCGGACGAGAGCACGAUCGGGGAGGAGUACCGGGCGGAUGAUCCGGUGAUCAAGGACCGCUACGGCGUGCACAAGAGGGGGUGGAACGAGAUCAGCCGGAUCUACUUGGAGAACCAGAACGUCCGACCGCACCUCGGCCGGCUGAGGAACACUCUGUUGGAGGCGCUCAAGCGCCUCCCCAAUGGCCGCCAUGCCAGAGGUUGACCAAGUCAUCGAUUAAUUUAUAGUUUUUUUUUGUUUUUUGGGAUUGAUCGUAAAAUUGAUCGGUACGUUUGACUUUUGGCUUUUCUGUACGAAAAACAAAUCUAUAUUGUCAAGUUUGUGGAUGAACUUUUCUUGUUCAACUAUCACCAAGAAAUUGAUCCAAACAAAAUUCUCAUC